CUAUAUGUGAAUUCUCCAACAACACUAUAAUUUAACAAUUGCUGCAUAAUGUGUCGCAUUCAAAUAAUAAUCUGCCAUCUUUAAAUUCUGGCGGCAAAAACUCGCGUUACGGCGCAUGUGCGAGGUUCUCUCACGUGUUGAAACAGCUGAUAGAUAAAACAGAUAUUUUAACCUCAAAACACACGUCGCUUUUAACAAUCAAAACUUUACAGAAAGAAUUAUUUUUUUACAACUAAAUCUAGACCUAGACGAAUUGCAUCGAAAGAUUAUUAAAAUAAGGUUCGAGAAGUUUAUCUAAAAAAAGGAAUAAGAUCUGAAUCAUUCUGAAUCUUCUGUGAUUAUACAAUGGACAACAUAUUGACGGACACGCAUGAGGAUGAAUUAGUAGCAGAAAUUACGAAGUUGCGUGAAUUGCUGCACAUGAAAGAGGCUGAACUAGCUUGUUUGCGACGCAAGAAGCAGGUCGUGCAAGAACACGGUUUGAGCAAUGACGAAAUUUGUAGAUACAGCCGGCAGCUCUUUUUGACAGAAGUUGGCGUAAAAGGUCAAAAGAAGAUAAAGGACAGUUCUGUACUUAUUGUAGGAGCUGGUGGUCUUGGUUGUCCCUCGGCGUUAUAUUUGACGUGCGCUGGCGUCGGCCACAUAGGCAUAGUAGACUAUGACGAUGUUGAAAUAAACAAUCUUCAUAGACAAUUUUUGUACCCGGAAACAAGCAUCGGCACCGCGAAAGUGAUUGCAGCAGCGGAAAGUCUUAAUCGGUUAAAUAGUUUUGUAAAAGUCACUCCAUAUAAAAUUCAACUAGAUAGUAAAAAUGCUUUGGAUAUCAUAAGGAAUUACGAUAUUGUAAUAGAUGCUACGGAUAAUGCAGCUACUCGUUACUUGUUGAAUGACGCAUGUGUGUUGAGUGGCAAACCACUGGUUUCCGGAUCAGCACUGAGGUUUGAAGGGCAUUUAUCAGUAUUUAAUUACAAGAAUGGCCCUUGCUACAGAUGUAUAUUUCCUAAACCACCACCACCGGAAACUGUAACAAAUUGUGGAGAUGGAGGUGUUCUUGGUGCAGCCGUGGGUACGAUUGGUGUGCUGCAAGCGCUGGAAACGUUGAAAAUUAUACUUGAUAUGCCCGAUGUAAUUUCGGGACGACUUUUGUUGUUUGAUGGAAUGGAAACUAAAUUCCACAAUGUACGCUUACGCCCGAAGAUGACAGAUUGUGCGAUUUGCGGGGAACAUCGUGUUAUACAUGAAUUAAUAGACUAUGAAAAAUUUUGUGGCGCAAAGGCUAAUGACAAAGAUCCUAAUUUAAAUUUACUGAGGAAAGAAGAAAGAAUAUCAGUUGAGGAAUAUAAUCAGAUCGUGAAAAUCGAUUCAAAACCUCACAUAUUGAUCGAUGUACGUUCCCCUGAAGAAUAUCAAAUCUGCCACAUACAGAAUUCCAUUAAUAUUCCUCUCCCGCAACUUAGCAAGGAUUAUAAUUUACAGCUAAUAAACGACAAUAUAAAAAAAGCGCAAGAAGACCAUCAUUCAGUAGACUUGUAUCUUCUAUGCAGACGUGGUAAUGAUUCGCAAAAGGCAGCUCAGUAUCUGAAAAAGAUGUUUACCGAAGAUACUUUAAAAAUAAGAGACAUAAUUGGAGGUAUCCAUGCUUGGAGCAACAAGAUUGAUCCAAAAUUUCCUAAAUAUUAAUAAUAUAUUAAAUGAAGAUCAUGUAUUGAUGUGAUACAUUUGUUUAGUAUCAUACCUUUUAUUGAAUAAAUUCACCAUCAAGAUAAUGUAA